AGGACGCGGUGCUGCCGCUGCGGCUGCUGGAGCGGCUGAUGACGCUGGUGACGCUGGUGGAGAUGGCGCGCGUGACGGCCGUGCCGCUCAGCUACCUGCUCACCCGCGGGCAGCAGGUCAAGGUGGUGGCGCAGCUCCUGCGCCAGGCCAUGCAGGAGGAUUUGCUGCUGCCGGUGGUGAAGUCGGAGGGGGGAGAGGAUUUUGAGGGAGCCACGGUGAUCGAGCCCCUCAAGGGGUACUACGACGUGCCCAUCGCCACCCUGGACUUCUCCUCCCUGUACCCGUCCAUCAUGAUCGCCCACAACCUGUGCUACACCACCCUGCUGCCCCCCGGGGGGCCCCAGAAACACGGGUCUGUACUGCUUUAG